GGAGUUUCCCGCUGUUGUUGCAGCCAUGGCUCUGCGCUACCCCAGGGCCGUGGGUCACAACAAGGGCCACAAGGUGACCAAGAACGUGAGCAAACCGAGGCACAGCCGCCGUCGCGGGCGCCUAACCAAACACGCGAAGUUCGUACGGGACAUGAUCCGAGAGUGUGGCUUUGCCCCGUAUGAGCGGCGGGUCAUGGAGCUGCUCAAGGUCUCCAAGGACAAACGGGCCCUCAAGUUCAUCAAGAAAAGAGUGGGGACACACAUCCGUGCUAAAAGGAAGCGGGAGGAGCUGAGCCUUGUCCUGGCUGCCAUGAGGAAAGCAGCUGCCAAGAAGGACUGA